AUGGGUAUAGGUGACCUCCUCGACCGUUCUCGCUCCGUACUGGCGGACGCGGCCGAGGGCGUCCGGGGCCAGCUCGUCGAGUUGAGGCACAAUGACAAUCCCGAGUCGUACAUCGGUCAAUUGCUGGGGCUUGAAGGGGACGCGGUCGAAGGCGUACACUUUGACCUCGUCUCGUUCGUCCCGGACGCGGAGGAUGUUAUUGGGGUGGCGGACACGCGAUGGGCGGGCCGGCUGUCACGGGGUCUCGAGAUGCUGGGGAUGAGGAAGGUGGAUGUGGAUCUGAGGCAGAUGCUGUUCUGGUUGGGCGUGCUUGCGGUGAUGAUGCUUGUCGCGGUAAUGACCAACCCGACCGAGGCGUCUUUCCGGACCCACCUCACCGAGCUCUCUUUCCGCCGCCACCUCGCCGCCAUCCGUUCUACCGAUGAUCACCCGUCUGACCCUACCACGUCAUUGCCAACUGCUACCGUACCCACGUCCACCGGCCAUACCCCACAUACAGACGACAGACCUGACAAAUCACCCAUACCCUCCAUUGUCACAGGUACCGACACGCCACCCAUAGCGCCCUUCCGCUUUUCCAACCAUGUCGCCAUAUCACUCCGCACACCUAUGCUCUACUUUCGCUCCCUCUUCUUCCUCUCACUAGCCAUCACUUCGCCGAUCGGACCCCCGGCUUUUCUGUCCGAUCCCCCAGCUGCCCACCUGGGCAAGAAGGGCGUCGUGGCGAGAGAGACAUUGGUGCUUUAUGUUGGAUAUCUGCGCUAUUGGGUGCAGAUCGGCGUGAUACCAAGAAAGGUGGAAUGGGCGUGGAAAUUGGUCACGGAGGGCAGCAGAGAGAAGGGGAAGAAGAGAGUUCAGGUGGAGAGGCCGGGUGUACUGGAGCUGCGGGCGAUGCCAGGAAAGGAUGACGCCUCGGCCAGUACCAGUUCGAAAGGUGCUGUACCCCUCAAUCCCUCCAAAUCGAACAAACUACACCGCAAACCCUCCAAUAACGACCUGCACGAAAAUUUGUCACUACCCCUUCAUUCCCUUCCUUCGAUUCCUAUACCCACUCAAUCCGACUCCCGCCGACCUUCCCUCGUCAAUCUCCUGCCUCCACCCUCGACCGCUUCCGAACCUGCCGACACACCUACCCUCCUCGCGCUCAAAUCCGACCUUUCCAGAUCCCAAGAUACGCUGCUGGAUCUGAAAAACCAGCUGCUAUCGCACGAGCAGACCGUCUCUGACGCUCAUGCGAACCUCCAGAGCACAUUGGAUGAUCUACGGAAUAAGCGGAAAGAGGACGAUGUGGAGCGGCAGGAGCUUAAGGGACGGACCAAGACGUUCGAGGAGCAGAAGCGGCAGGCCGAGUCUGCGCGGAAAGAGGCAGAGAAGCGGUUGCGGGCUGCCGAGGCGGGUCGGGAUGGAUUAUUGGCCAAGAUAGAGGGAGCGAAGAAGGAGAUGGUGGAUGUGCGCGCGCAGAUUGCGGCGAGUGAGCGGGCUCUACGUACUGUGAGCGAGGAAGGGGCCAAGUUUCUCGUGCAAACGAGGGAGGCGGUAGAGGGGAGGAAGGUGGAACUGGAGAGAUUAGAGGAGGAGAUGGUUCAGGUUGAAGUGGAGCAAGAGGAGUUGGGCGGCAAGGUCCGGGAGGCGGAGGAGAGGCUACGAGCGACACAGGAGUCGGUCGAGGCUGCCAAGAAGAUGGGGCCAGAGGAGGAAAUGAUGAUGAUGGCGGCGGCGUAUGAGGCGGCUGCGCAGGAAGGGUACAUGUACGGCCAGACGCAAGGUACGGGGACGGGACAACAUACACCGGCGCACCCACACUCGCAUGGCGGACAUACGCCCGCACCCCAUCCUGGCGGACACAAUACGCAUACGGCCAACUGGGCGAGCCAAGCGGCGGCGUACAUGGCCGAAGCGGGCAUGCCUCUCCUGGAUCAGAGCUAUACGGCGCGGUCCACCAACCCCACGCCCAAUCCAGCCCGGACACUCCAGGCGGCGGAUAUGAAGCGGUUGGCGGAUCUCAGCGGGUUUGAGGACUUUGGGCCAGGACCGCACCCUCAGGUAUCGGGUGAUGGGUUUGGCCAGGUACUAGGGAUGGCGGCGAGUCGGCUGAACCACACGACUCCGCCAGCGGUCGACUAUGCUUCGGAGUCGGACAUCUACGGUCUAGACCCCGGGUCGCCGAACGGCGGGAUCUCUACCUCGUUCUCGGCCAACCUUCUGCCUCAGGGCUUGUUCCGCUCGCUCGUCGGCGGUGAUGUCACUCCUAUCGACGACGAGGCGGGCUCAACGCUGUCCGAGGCGCUGAACUUCGACCCUCCGCCAAUGACUCUGCCUGUCCAUUCGGAUGCGCUGCCAGUCCACGACGCGGCGCACGAUGAGCACCACCACUCGGGCUCGGAGGAUGAGGAUGAAGCGGAGGAUAUCUGGCGAUCACCCAUGACGGAGCCUCGGCUCCCCGCCGAGCCGGAACACCCUGUCCUCCCUCCCCCAUCCGCACGAUCCAAGCGCUUCUCCUUCUCCCGCCUGCUCCCACCCACGUCCACACCUCCCGCCGCACACGCAAACCCCUCCAUCCUCUCUGGUCUCCCGGCACUACCGGGCUCACGCCGCUGGUUCUCUGGCACCAACUCUGCGUCGGCCGAGAACCUGCACGCGUUCCCGCUGUUCCAGACGAAUGGGUCGUCCGACUCGCUCGGGAACCACGCGUCGCUCGGUCUGGGCGGAGACAGCCCGUUCGCGCCGAGCGAGAAGGAGAAGAAGCAGCUUGCCGCCAAGUGGGGUCCACUGUCCAAGUAUCGCUGGGCGGCGCCUGCUGGAGCUGCCGAGUCUCCCAGCGGAGGCGGUGGUGGUGGCGGUGGUGGACUCGGCAGGUCAACGAGCAUGGACAUGGGUGCACCUCACACUCGUGGUAACUCGGCACCUACCCCUUCCGGCUCGCCUCUUCCUGAGGCCGGGACAGGCACAAGCCCCGGACAAAGCUGGAUGGCGCGGCACCUGCACGUCAACGGUUCUGGCUCCCCCUCAUCCCACGCCAAUAACGUCCACGCCAAGUCUAAAUCCCCUCUCAUCCCAUCGCCGAAUCGCGAUUCGUCAGACCUGCUCGCAGAGGACGAACUCGACUUUCAUUCGCUCAUGCCCGCUGCGAACGCGCUCGGUUCGUCGGCGGAUAGCAAGGAGGACAAGAAGAGCUUCAAGUUCUUUUCGUUGCGCAAGAGUCAGGGCGGGGCGGGGUCGAGUCCGGGAUCAUAG